AUGUCUGUUGGUGAUACGAUCCAAAGACAAAUGCCAGCUACCGUUGACAGCCCUGCCCGCAUGGGUGAACCAAAUGCAGAGACCAUUCAGCCAACUGGCGUCAAGGCCGUCAACGGUGUUAAUGGCCAUUCGAAUGGCCAUUCGAAUUCUAUCGACUUAGCAGAAUACCUCUUUCGUCGUCUCUAUGAGCUAGGAAUCCGAUCUGUCCAUGGCCUGCCGGGUGAUUACAAUUUGGUUGCCCUCGACUAUUUACCCAAGGUUGGCCUGGAUUGGGUUGGCAAUGCCAACGAACUGAAUGCAGGUUAUGCCGCUGAUGGAUAUGCUCGAGUGAAAGGUGUUUCGGCCAUGAUCACCACGUUUGGUGUUGGCGAAUUGUCAGCUAUCAACGCUAUUGCCGGAGCAUAUUCUGAGUACGUUCCGGUGAUCCACAUCGUAGGCUCGCCGUCAACCGCGUCCCAGAAGGAUGGAAUUCUCCUUCACCACACACUUGGAGAUGGCAACUUCGAGGUGUUUGCAGAAAUGAGUAGACGUGUUUCGUGCGCUGUUGCCAUUCUAGAUGAUCAAUCAAGUGCAGCUGCCAUGGUUGACAACGCUCUGCGAGCCUGCAUCCUAAAAAGCCGCCCGGUUUACAUUAGUCUACCUACCAAUAUGGUUCAGGCAAAAGUGGAUGGAGAUCGGUUGAAAUAUCCGAUCGACCUGAGUGUCCCUCCCAAUGAUCAUAAACGGGAAUCACACGUUGUCGACUUGAUUACAAAGCUGAUCCAAACUGCCCAACGGCCAGCACUGCUUGUUGAUCUUUUAGCGUUAAGGCAUCAUGUUACCAACGACAUUAACGAGUUCAUCACCAAAUCCAACAUUCCUACUUUCGUCACACCCAUGGGGAAAGGGGCAGUCGACGAGACGCUGCCUCAGUUCCAAGGAAUCUAUGUAGGAGAAGCAUCUACCUCGAUCAUCCGCGAACAUUUCCACGCAUCAGACCUUGUCCUGAGCAUCGGCCCGCUUAAAUCCGACAUAAAUACUGGCUGCUUCACGUCAAAAGUUGACCAGAUUACAAAUAUCGAGUUCCACGCUGAAAAGACAAUUGUUGGAUUUUCGGAGUUCCCGGGCGUCAGGAUGAAAGGGGUUCUGCGCCGUCGCGGAGUUCCUGAAGAACCAAUGACAUCGUUAUCACUGAGGCGGGAACCUCUAAAUUUUGGCGUGUGGAAACGAGAUUCAGAAAAAGGCACCAUCGGGAUAAGCUCUGUUCUGUGGAGCAGUAUUGGUUUCUCGCUGGGUGCCUGCCAGGGCGCUGCGUUGGCAGCUGAAGAAAUGACGGACGCCUCUCGAAGAACGGUGCUGUUCAUUGGCGAUGGCAGUUUCCAACUCACAGCCCAGGAACUGAGCACGAUCAUUCGUCAUAAACUCACCCCUACAAUUUUCAUAAUCUGCAACAACGGCUACGUAAUCGAGCGAUACGUCCACGGCAUGCACGCGGCCUACAAUGACAUCCAGCCCUGGAAAUUCAACGACAUCGCUGCAGUCUUCGGCGCCACGCCGGGUACAUGCAAGACCUUCCAAAUCCGCACCUGCAAGGAGUUGCAGGAUCUAUUCAACGAUCGCGAAUUCUGCUCGGGCAAAACUCUUCAACUCGUCGAGCUCUAUCUUCCUGGUGAAGAUGCGCCGAUGUCGAUGAAGAUGCUUGCCGCGGCGGCUGCGAGGCGGAAUGCGAAGAAGUGA